AGUGAUCACCUGCUCAUUUUGCAUAAGCACUCAGUUACUCAUAGUGGGAUAACCCUAAUUAAAAAAAGCUAAUGACUUAUUUUAACUUUAAAUACUAAUGGUGCAUACAAAAUAUCAUCAGUUAUUGAAACGGUUUGGAACCUAUAACUAGUUGUUCUGAUUUAUUGAUCGGUCUAAUCCAAAUCCAAGAUGAUUUACAAGAUUGUUGCCGUUAGCAUUUUCUUGGGACUCGUAUUAGCCGAUCCUGUGCCAGAAAUUUCUUCUUCCUCAGCCAAGGAAAUGGGGUUCUUAUCAACUUUAAUUCAUGCUGGGGAAUCACCAAACCAGUCUUCAGAAUUAGCAAGAAUUGAACCUUCACUCGUAUUAGACCUCAUCAAUGCAGCUAUAGGCUACAAAUCUUCAGCGCUUCUGAUCGCUGUGGACACCAUCGAGUGGCUGGUGUCCAAAUCCGUCAUAAUAGUUUUCGGGGCCAUCCUCACCUUCGGGUUCUGCAAGUUGACCGAAAAGUGCAACUGGGACUGGGAGCAGUACGUGCCGGUCGCGCAGUUCCGCAGCUUAGCCACGCCCGAGCGUCUGGCGAGGGCCGAGAAGUUCCUGGUUACUGCUGUAGAGAAAUACGCGGAAAAAAAGAAAGGUCAUCGUUCCGUGAAUUCGUUGUAGUUAAAUAGGUUCAAAUAUUUAUUGUAUUUAUUAAAACAACACCUUCAAGUA